AUGAGUUCCAAGGAGUAACCUUUUGUAUUUGGUUGUCUGACUUUCCUUUUUGGACCACCUGAGAAACACCAUGAAGAGGAAUUAUUAAUUGCGUAAAACAACCGGUUUCUGAGCACUAGUGCUAAGAAUCAAAUUGUGUGUAUUUUUUUUUUUUAAAUCAAAAAUGAUGUGGACCUUCCUGGGAAUAGCCAGCUUUACGUACCUUUACAAAAAAUCCAGCACAGUGUUGAGUUACGCUCACAAAGAGCUCCUCAUGGCCGCAGCCUUGUUCCUGACAGUCGGCCUGCUGCUAUCAUAUGUCAGCUAUUUCCAUAAGCUCAGAGUCUCUCAGGUAUUACAUCUUCCCCUCAGAUUCUUGUCCUUUGUACCUGUCAUCAACAAUUUAAUCCCCCAAACCUUAACACAGAGGACCCAGGAGGCGGAGAACAGCUGUAAAAAGAGCCGGACAACAAGGAAGAGGAUAGAUCCAGAGUCCUCCGCCUCACCAAAGGCCUCAGCCAGUUGCUCUUCAGUGGCCCCGGAGCCUGAUGUAGUGAUAGUUGGGGCCGGGGUCCUGGGCUCUGCCUUGGCGGCCGUCCUCGCCCAGGACGGGAGGAGGGUGAUGGUGGUGGAGAGGGACCUGAAGGAGCCUGACAGGAUAGUGGGGGAGCUGCUGCAGCCGGGAGGGUUCAGGGCGCUCAAAGAGCUCGGACUGGAAGGGUCAGUGGAGGGUCUGGAUGCCCAUCUGGUAAGCGGCUACGUGAUCCACGACAUGGAGAGCGGCACCGAGGUUGAGCUCACCUACCCACAGGGGGAGGACGGGGCCAAGUGUGGACGCGCCUUCCAUCAUGGCCGAUUCAUCAUGGGCCUGAGGAAGAGUGCUCUGGCUCAGCCAAAUGUCACAUUCAUAGAAGGCAACGUGACCAGUUUGCUGGAAGAGGACGGCUGUAUCACCGGAGUGCAGUACAAGGAUAAAGAAACUGGGGACCUCAAGGAAAUCUAUGCGCCACUGACUGUUGUGGCUGACGGCUGUUUCUCUAAAUUCAGAAAGAAUCUGGUUUCUGGUAAAGCUCACACCUCCUCUCACUUUGUUGGAUGCCUCAUGAAGGACUGUCCACAGUUUAAAGCUAACCACGCUGAGCUGGUGCUGGCCAACCCGAACCCUGUGCUCAUCUACCAGAUCUCCUCCUCGGAUACCAGAGUACUGGUGGACAUCAGGGGAGAGAUGCCUCGCAACCUCUCACAGUACAUGGUUGAGAAGAUUUACCCUCAGCUGCCAGAGCAUUUAAAGGAGCCGUUCAUGGGGGCAAUACAGAACGAUCGAUUCAGGUCCAUGCCUGCCAGCUUCCUUCCUCCCUCCCCUGUCAACAAGCCAGGCGUGCUUCUCCUGGGUGACGCUUACAACAUGAGGCAUCCUCUGACGGGAGGAGGGAUGAGUGUUGCUCUCAAUGACGUUGGCAUCUGGAGGAGUCUGCUUGAAAACAUCCCAGAUCUAUACGACAAUGGGGCUAUGCUGCAGGCAAAGAAGAAAUUCCACUGGCAACGCAAGUCAUCACAUUCUUUCGUGGUGAAUGUGUUGGCCCAAGCGCUGUAUGAGCUGUUUGCAGCCACAGACGAUUCUCUUCAAGAGCUGAGAAAAGCCUGCUUCCAGUAUUUCAAGCUCGGUGGAAAGUGCAUCGCUGGGCCCAUUGGACUCCUCUCAGUGUUGACCCCCAAACCCAUGACCCUAAUUGGACACUUCUUAGCCGUGGCACUGUACGCGAUCUACGUCACCUUCAAGUCAGAGUCUUGGUGCACCAAACCUCGAGCUUUGUUCAAGAGUGGAGCCAUCCUGUACCGAGCCUGCACCGUCAUGUUCCCACUCAUCUACUCUGAGCUCAAGUACCUGGUGUACUGAAAGCUCCUCUAAACCUGGACACAGCAGGACCAAAGUCACUGUAUGGUCUUCUGAUUGGAAGCACAACAAACUGUGUUUGUUGCUACAAGUCGUCUUCCUCCUGCUGAACAAACCACUGUUGCCGUAUGAAGCCGUUUGACUGUUAAGGUUUCUCCACAAUGUGCCUGACUGAAGAUGCAUCGUCUUAAUAUUCUACUUAAUGCCUUCUUUCAAUUGGGACAUAUUAUUCAACAAUGCCUUGGUGGGCAUGAAUGUUUAAUACUGUGGAAAUUACUCAUGCUCAACAAAACUGCUAUGUGGAACAUGGCAUCUGAAUUUUCUAAUAAUUAUUUUGCAAUAGAGCCACUUCUGUAUAUUUUUUCCUGCUAAGCUAAUUUUUGCUGUAUUUCAUAUGGGAAUCCUCAUGUAAUGAUGAUAUAUUGCAUUACAAGAAUACAUAACAUUUUAAAAUCACCAAUGGGAUGUUAUGAAAAAGAAAGCUUUCUAAAAUAUUCAUAUGUUGUAUUUCAUAAAAGAAUCCAGGAUAUUUUCAGCCUUGUGUAAAGGAAAAUAUCUGCUUCACUUUAUUUGUUUAAAUCCCAUACAUUCUUACAGUAAUGAUCACGACCUGCCUUCCUGAUCCCCUUGCUCUCUUCAUAUAUAUAUAUGUACAUACAUAUAUAUACAGGACUGUCUCAGAAAAUUAGAAUAUUGUGAUAAAGUUCUUUAUUUUCUGUAAUGCAAUUAAAAAAACAAAAAUGUCAUGCAUUCUGGAUUCAUUACAAAUCAACUGAAAUAUUGCAAGCCUUUUAUUCUUUUAAUAUUGCUGAUUAUGGCUUACAGCUUAAGAAAACUCUAAAAUCCUAUCUCAUAAAAUUUGAAUAUUUCCUCAGACCAAGUAAAAAAAAAAGAUUUAUAACAGCAAAACAAAAUCAAACAUUUGAAAAUGUGUUUCCAUGUGUUUCGAGUUAAUUAGACGAUUCAAGUGAUUUGUUUAAUACCCUACUAGUAUACUUUUUCAUGAUAUUCUAAUAUUUAGAAAUAGGAUAUUUGAGUUUUCUUAAGCUGUAAGCCAUAAUCAGCAAUAUUAAAAGAAUAAAAGGCUUGCAAUAUUUCAGUUGAUUUGUAAUGAAUCCAGAAUGCAUGACAUUUUUGUUUUUUUAAUUGCAUUACAGAAAAUAAAGAACUUUAUCACAAUAUUCUAAUUUUCUGAGACAGUCCUGUAUAUAUAUAUAUAGAGAGAGAUCGAGAGAGAGAGCGAGCGAGAUGGACAUGUUUCUUGAGUUCUACACUGCUGACAUUGCAGCACAAAAAAAAAUCAUUCAAAAAUCAUCCCAGAACUUAAGAAUGAUACCUGCACUAAUCUUGUUUUAGUGCCUGGAUGAAGUUUGAGUUUAACCUGCGAUAGAAAGAAUGGCGUCUCUUACAUCAGGACCAGUCAGCGGUGAUGCUCCGCUGGUGUUAGGUGAUGCUCAGGUGGUGUUAGGUGAUGCUCAGGUGAUCCUGAGGAGACGAGGACAUGUCGACAUGUAAUUCACACUGGUGCGUUUACCUGAGCCUGCAUUGGGCUCCAUGGGCCGCUAAACAUAUCAUACAUGACAGAUUCCUAUUUUAUUACAGAUACAAUACACACAAACAAUAGUUUAUACGGACAAAGACCCACGUUGAGUGGCACUGUAUUCACAUUAUACCACUCAAGCUUCUUUCAAGGUCACUGAACAUAUGAAGUUCCUCAGAUACAAACCUUUCAGUGACCACGUUUAUCACACACACACACACACACGCACACGCACACACGCACGCACGCACACACACGCACAGUAAAGUAGCUGAGCUUCAUUUGAAUUAUUUUCGAAAUGUACCUCAUUUGUAAGAGGAACCUGGAGUUUCCAUGAGAAUAAAUAAAGACCGUUUCCUUUUU